CAGAAAUCUGCUCUCAUCCCUGGAGUCAACACCCCAGCGCGAUGACCGCGGCACUGGAUGCGAAAUAAUAAAUAUUCUUUAAUUUACUGAACUACCUCACAUAGCGUAUGCUUUGCGUCUCUCGCACCUCGGGGGAAAAACACUGCAAGUGGUCGCCGCUGCGCUAACAGGUCUCGGCUGCUCCAACCAACGGUGACCCGGGCAUCAGGAAGGAGAUAAGCUACCAGGCUGUAUGGCUGAACCGGAGCUACUGCUGGACUCCAAUAUCCGGCUUUGGGUGGUGUUACCCAUCGUCUUCAUCACCUUUCUUGUCGGUGUGAUUCGGCAUUAUGUAUCUAUUCUUCUUCAAAGUGACAAGAAGUUGACAUUAGAACAGGUUUCUGACAGCCAGGUUCUUAUUCGGAGCAGAAUCCUCAGAGAAAAUGGAAAAUACAUUCCCAAACAAUCUUUUUUGAUGAGGAAGUUCUACUUCAAUAAUCAAGAAGAUGGCUUUUUCAAGAAGACCAAAAGAAAGGUUGUUCCACCCUCUCCAAUGACAGAUCCCAGUAUGCUGACAGACAUGAUGAAAGGAAAUGUCACCAACGUGCUUCCCAUGAUCCUCAUUGGAGGUUGGAUCAACUGGACCUUUUCGGGAUUUGUAACAACUAAGGUUCCCUUCCCUCUCACUCUGCGCUUCAAGCCCAUGCUACAGCAAGGAAUAGAGCUGCUCUCACUGGAUGCCUCCUGGGUGAGCUCAGCGUCAUGGUAUUUCCUGAAUGUGUUUGGACUACGAAGCAUGUACUCCUUAAUUCUAGGCCAAGAUAAUGGUGCAGAUCAGUCGAGGAUCAUGCAGGAGCAAAUGAGUGGUGCCGCCAUGGCCAUGCCUGCAGAUACAAAUAAAGCUUUCAAGGCUGAGUGGGAGGCCCUGGAACUAACUGACCAUCAGUGGGCCCUUGAGAGUGUAGAGGAGGAUCUGAUGAGCAGAGAGCUGGACUUUGAUGGCAUGUUUAGCAAGGAGCUGCCAAGUGGUAUCUUCUGAUGGCCUGGUCACUUCUGCUUGGAGCCUUCAAUUUGAAUUUUGAUCAUUUCAGGGAUUUGUUUUUGGUUAAAGCCACAGAGAUGGGACAAAUCCCUUCAUGUUAUGCAAAGUUUACAUUCACUUAUUUCUGGUCCUCGUCUUUUCACAUGUAUUAUUACAGUACCUUUGCAUUCCUGUCCAUAGAAUAUCUGAAAUGCAUUAAAAUACACUGGUUCUGCUGCUGUCUCAUGCAUAUUAAAAAUCCUGUCUUUGUUAUUUCACCUUUUGAGAUGAGGAGAUGUUUGGGAGAAAUUAAGUGGCUUUUUGCUUAUGGAAUGCAUUAUUAUUAGCUUGCAACUAUAUGCCAUCAUACCAUUAGGUAAUAGAAUGUGAACUACCUAGUGCUUAUUUUUUCUUAUGUCAUUCACAGCUAGACUAGCUGUCUCAAUUCUCAUGUAUCAUGUUAAAAACAAUAUACCAUUUUACAGGUCUGAAUGAUGUUUAUUUAAUUAUACUUUAACAAUCUUUAAUGACUCCUUUGUUAGGGCAUAGAUAGAUCAGCUGUUUUGUGUCAGCUGCCUGAGGUGGAAUUGGACCCAGAAGCUCUUGGCAAAGAAUGUUUGUGUGAUUGAAAUAUUGUGUUUUUGAAGUAUGUAGACAGUUUAUUUU